CAAUCACAGCCCGGAGUGUAUAGCGACGUCUAGAAAAAUAAAUACCACACAACGAAGUGGGGGUUUACAAAUGCGUGAUGAUUCUGUCAACUUAUUGUAGACUGAAUAAUACGAGAACAUACAAAAUCGCUUUUGAGUUAAUGUUUGAUCUAGAAGACAUAUGUGCCGUGGGCUGUUGCAGAGGGGCUCAGAUAACAGUUAACGCUAACGUUAAUUCUCUGACGACAUUCCCGUUAACGCUGGCUAAUGUUAGUUAUGAAGGAACGCAGUGAAGUACGUAGGUUAGUGGCGUGUGUUUGUGUAUGCUAGGCUCCGUUAUGUUCAUCUGAAGGCUGUACGCUCUAAUAUGCUAGGACCAUGUUCAAAAAUGUCUUUGGCUCAGGUUUCCUUGUUAGAACCGCUCAUGUGAUUCUAACAUGGGUCAUAACGUUAAUACUGUUCCUGCAUGACACAGAUCUGAGGAAGCAGGAGGAAACGGGCCAGUUCGUCCAGCCCGUAUGCUUCGUCUUGCUGGUGCUGGUUUCUGUGCUGCUAUACUUUGCUGUUUCUCUGAUGGACCCAGGCUUCAUUUUGUCUGAUGACAGUGAUCUACAGCUGACGCUGGGAGUGACGGAGGAGCAGCAGGACAUGAUCCCACCUCCCACCAAAUCCCUGAGGCAGCGUCGCUGUGGCCACUGUCUGUUGCAGCAGCCAAUGAGAUCCAAGCACUGCCAGACAUGUCAGCACUGUGUCCGGCGCUACGACCAUCAUUGUCCCUGGAUAGAGAACUGUGUUGGUGAGAGGAACCACCGCUGGUUCGUGCUCUACCUGGCCGUCCAGCUGCUGGCGCUGCUGUGGGGGCUUCACAUAUCCUGGACGGGUUUCAGCUACGCGUCCACGUGGCAGCUGUGGCUGCGCACCAACGGCGUGCUGCUGGCUGUGGCCACGCUGGUGGCUCUGCUGUUGCUCAUCGUGCUCCUCCUGCUCGGCUCCCACCUCUACCUGGUCUCCCUCAACACCACCACCUGGGAGUUCAUGUCGCGCCACCGCAUCUCCUACCUCAAACACUGCGGGGCCGAUGAAAACCCGUUUGACCGCGGCACGCUCCACAACCUUUGGAGUUUCUUCUGCGUUUGGGGCACGGUAGUGUGGGAGCAGGUGUACUUCAGGGAGGACAGCAGCCAAGUCUAGAAGAUAAGGAUCAACUUCUCUGCAUUUAGAGACAAUGCAUUUAUACAAACACUGUUCAGCCAGGUUCCCACAACUUACCUUAUCUCUAACUUUAGUUGUCUGCACCGAAUAAUUCCAUGAGUAAUUACAUACCAGCAAGUGAAAGCAAGCAUGAAUUAUAUGCCUGCCUAAUUUCCUUUAUACUGUAUGUCGCCCAUGAAAAGUGUUUAUACAAAAAAGUCACAAAUAUGAAGCCUGUUAUUUCUGCGUAGUGGACAAAGUGAGAGACAACUAGAUUUUUAUCAAACUGUAAUGUUUGUAAAUGAACCUUUUUCCCUGGAUCAAAUGCAUGAAUAUUCUCAAUGUAGUAUCCUAGAAGCAGGUGAUCAGUGACAGAGUGAAGCUGCUUUAAAUGGAAACGUACAGUAUGUGUGUGUGGAAUUCACACAUGGUGCUAGUCUGAGUUUACUAUACAGAAAGUAAAGAGAGGAGGAAGCUUUGGCGCGUCACAUACACAAAGUGUGGUGUCAGAACAGCUUCACUUCUCCACGUGUGUUCUGCCUAGUCAGAGUGAGAGAAGGCCAGGCUGCUCUGGGGUCAGUCCAGGCAGCCUCCAUGUAGAUGUGUGGAGGGAUGGGGAUGGGGAUGGGGGCGGAUAGCCAUGUGUGUCUGUGGAGCUCUCUCUUCUUCUUCUUUCCUGCUGGUCUCUUCCUGUGCCUUCUCCUCUCGGCCUGCUCCAUCCCUGAUGGGGGUCCACCUUAAGGGCUCCUCAUGAAUGUUCUCUGUGGCCACUUCUGUUCCCUCUGGCUCUGGCUCCCUGACUUUGGGGCCAGGGGUCUCCUCUUGCUGUUUGCUGUCCCAGUGUAGGAGGGCAGUCGUGUCCUCCUGUUUCAGUGUGGUAGGAGUCACUGAAUCAUAGCAUUAUUGCGUAUCUGGACCUUUUCAUAUGCAUUAUGUUAGCUCUGCAUUCUUACUAUGAUUAUUGUUAUUGCUAUUCUUAAUAUUAUUAUUACUAUUAUUGGCUGUUACUGUUAUGGUGGUUGUACUGUUUAGCUAGGGGCAGGCUCUUCGCCAACCUUCGUCUGAUCCUGAGGCUGGUCCAGGCUGAGUACAUGGAAGACACAGGUCAUGAUCGGGAGCAGGGCAACAGGGACCCCCCGGUGAUUGGGUUACUGCACCGUGGAACCCGCCAUCUGAGAAGUAUUUGUAUUUGGGGGAAACCCGUAGAUUGUGUCUACCUCCACACAGAGCUGCAACAUCAUAAAAGACCUUUAAGGAGAUCCCCUGUGAUAAGUCGUACAUUAGUGGAGGACUCCUAGGACCUCCAUGCGAGGGAAGGGUGAAGGCUUUACCUCCUGGUCCGUCCACAACCUGCACUUUAGGAGCCUCAGUCUGACACACAGCAUCCUGUCCGUGGGUUAAUAAUGGUUGCAGAAACAGUUGAACUGGUACAGACGGUUACGUUUAAACUGUUUCAGGUAAUGGGAACACUUAUGUGGCUGCUGGCAUUUACACCAUCUACCUACUGUUCUCCCUUUGUGGGCUGUCCUUUACCGUCUCCUCUCGGGGUUUGGCCUGGGGUCACGCUGCAGGCGGGGAGAUAGACACAGAGACAUGGUCAUGGUUCAUGGACUGUCCCCUGAUGUGUUCUAUAUUCCACCAGUGAAAAAGACUUGUUAUACUGUCGGUGCACGUGAAGACAAUCCAGAGCUACCGCUCAUCAUCCUGACUUCUAAAGGCUUUGUCUCUUGGUCUCUAUCAGGAGGUUUUACAGGGUCCACCUGCUUUAGCAGCACGUCUUUAAAAGGCAGCUGUCAGGAAGUGUCUUAUUUUUUUUUGCAAACCUCAGUUUGAUAUAUUGAAGUGUGAAACCUGUAGUUUCUAGCAUUUAACCCAUUCAUGGUGUACAGAACAGCAGCAUUAAAGCUAUUUUAUAUUCUGUAUUAUUUCAUCUCAACGUGUUAAGAGGUUCUCCAUCAUCCAGGUUGUGAACUAAGCGGCUGUGUCCUUUAAGUCGAAGGGCCUGAAAAUCCUGUUUAAAGCUUUGUACAAAAUGAGUGAAGUUAGUGAGAAACAGUAGACAAGCGUUUAAGCCUUGAUCACAAACCGUUGCUUCCAUUUGAACCUUUCCUUGUGCAAUAGUAACAGAAGAGCAAUAAAUGUGGUGUUUGUUAGUGAUUCAUUGGAGCAGGUUUCCUCCACUUUCAUUCCUGUUGUGUACUUUAAUUAAUGAUAUGCAAUACUGUCCUGGUUUUCUAUGAAACGUUGUGUACAUGAAUAAAUAAAUAAAUAAAUGUUUCUUGCUUAA